CCUUUGCAAUAUCCGAUAUUCUUUCCAGAAGGGACACCAGGCUGGUCACCAGAUGCUCCAAUGAGUCAAAUCCGAUGGUAUCGAGGACUUCUCACAACUGAGAAGUGAUUUCUACAGUUUGGUCAUCUAACUGGCGAGUAUUUAGUGGAUAUGUAUUCUCGUGUUGAAGAUGAGUGACUAUCCUAUAUUCGACAAGCUUUACAACAGCAAAUGAAUCAAGUUGAAGAAUUUCGACAACAAGAUUCUCAAAACCAGCAUCGGCAUAACCAUCUGGAAUCAUAUUCAAAUCGAGGAAUUGUACUUCCUGUAUCUUUUCUAGGGUUUCGAGCUUGGGCUGCCUCAGAAGUAGCAGAUUCAUUAGCACUUUGUCGCUCAAAGAGAAAACCAUCCUUUUUUAUUACAAUUACAACAAAUCCGAAUUGGCCUGAGAUUCAGCAAAAGCUUGCUCCUGGGCAAACUGCCUUAGAUAUACCAGUUAUUGUUUGUCGUGUUUUUAAAGCAUGAUUAGAAAUGGCUAUUAAAGCUAUACGAAAACAUCUUGGCAAGAUUGUAUACCUUAUUCGAGUGGUUGAAUUUCAAAAACGAGGUCUUCCUCAUGCCCAUCUUGUGGUUAAGGUAUGUAAAUUUCAGAUUUUUAACCUGUCAAAGUCUACUAUUCUGCAUUCGAAUUUAAGUUUCCUAUAUAUAAAGUCUGUCAGUAAUUAAUAGUUAUUUUCUCCAUUUAGACACAUCCAGAACUGCCCUUCGAAAAAGUGGAUCAACUGAUAUCUGCACAAAUGCCUGACCCGAAUACCGACCCAGAAUUACAUCACAUUAUUACUCGAUUUAACUGCCAUCCGACAAUGCACCUCUCAAUAUCCUAUAGCCGAUGUAAUUGCAAUGGAUCUUAUGUAUAGGGGUUUCCUAAAGACCUACAACCUUCAACAACUUUAAACAACCAUGGCCGAGUAUGCUAUAAGCGUAUCAAGGAGGAGGAUUGCUAUGUUGUAUCAUAUAUGCCUUUUCUUAGCAGAUUGCUUGAAUGUCAUGUAAAUGUUGAUAUUUGUUUUACUGUCAAUGUUUUUAUAUAUUUGUAUAAGUAUCUUUUUAAAGGGCCUGAUCGGACACUUUUCAACAUUAUGCUAGAUGAAUUUCAUGAUGAAAUUGCUGACUAUAUUGAUGCCCGAUAUCUCUCAGCUUCUGAAGCAGCCUGGCAAAUUCUCGAAUACAACAUCUCAAGAAAGGAACCCUCAGUCAAAGUAUUAUCUAUUCAUUUUUCUAACCAGUAUCUCUCUUAAAUAUAUCGGGCAAAUAAUAGUCAAUCGGCAGCUACAACACUUCUUCGCUACUUCGCCAGACCCCGAAUCCCAAGUCUUAAAACCCUUCUCUAUACCGAGUAUUAUGAAAAAUACUGUCUAUAUCCAAUGGCCUCAAACAUGACACAAAAUUCAGCAAGUCUUCGUCCUGAUGAUCUCUUAGAGAUACCAGAUCAGCAAUUUCCACAGCAAAUCAUUCGGGUACGAUCACGUGGUGAGGUUGUUGCCCGAAUUCGUACUGUUCCUCCUCGAACUGGUGAAUUGUUCUACCUUCGUACUUUACUCUUACACAAAUCCGCUAUCAGUUUUGAAGACCUCUGAUCUGUGGGAAAUACGAUCUAUACCACAUUCCAAGAAGCUGCUUCUGCUUUAGGCCUAUUCUAAAAUUCAAAUGAGGCACAACUAGUUUUGGCUGAAGCUACCAAUAAUUUCGCCUCCCCCCAUCAGCUUCGAUUCCUCUUCUGCCAGUUACUUUUAAAUUUUCCUACAAAUACCAUUACACUCUUUGAUCUCUAUCAAGAGCAGUUAAUGGCUGACUAUCUAGAUCAAUUUCGCAGUGCUGAGCUCGCUACAGAUUUUGCUCUUAGUGAUCUUGAAAGAUAUUUGAACAGUCAAGGUUCAAAAUUAGCUGAUUUUGGCUUACCUCAACCUGAGUAGCACACAUCAUUGCUACAACUUGAGCAAGCCAGCAGCUCUAGUCAAUAUACUUAUCUUACUUCGAAAUACCAAGAGGACGAAUUAUCGCUUUCAAACGAACAACUCGAUAUAUACCAUACCAUUUUGGAGUCUUUCUAUAUACCAUCAGUUGAUCGAAGACAGACUUGCUUUUUUAUUGAAGGCAAGGCUGGUCGUGGCAAGAGUUAUACAGCAAAUGUAUUGGUUAAUAGGCUUCGGAGUGAGGGAUAUAUUGUGUUAGUUGUAGGCUCGACUGCAUUGAGUGUUACUCAAUAUGACCGGGGACGAACUGCCCAUUCGGCUUUUGGUAUUCCAGUUACUGAGGUAAAGUCAUUAUUCACUUUACUUUUGUUCUUUUAUUACUUUUAUAUAAGGUGUUUAAUUUAUUAUUUAACUAUUAUAAAAAAUAUGAAAUAGUACUAUCAAGUUACCCAAACUGGAUUAUUGAGGCUAAUAUUCAAAUUGUUAACCUACAGAAUCAUAUGGAAUUACAGUCCAGAAUUGGGCCACAUUCAGACCAUGCACAGUUCCUACGAAAUGUCGAUAUCAUAUUUUGGGAGGAGUUACCAAUAUCAAAUUGAGCUGCUAUCGAAUGUACAAAUGCUUUACUACAACUCUUAAUAGGUAGUACUAAGCCAUUUGGUGGAAAGAUUGUUAUAGGACUAGGGGACUUUCGCCAAGUAGCUCCAGUAGUAAAGAAUGGUGGUCUAACAGCAUCUCUUGAUGCUUCAGUUCGAUCAUCAUGGCUUUGGAAACACUUUCAAAUCCUUCGUCUACAUCAACCAGUCCGCAAUGCUCAAGAUCCAACUUAUUCAGAAUGGGUUGAUUCAAUUGGUGAGGACUUCUCAAAUAGUGGUACAACCGAUUUGCCUUUGAUUAGUAGACUUGAUUCAUAUGACCAAAUCAUAGACUUUCUUUUUCCUAACUCUAUACUUUUCAAUCCAUUUGAUGUUUAUCAGAGGUCCUUUUUGAGUCCUUUAAAUAUUUAUGUUGAUAAAUUUAAUCUUCAAAUGCUUGAUAAAAUUCCAAUUAUGACAGGUAAGCUUUUCAAAUCCUUCCCUCCGAGAAUUAAAAUCUUUCGCUGACAAAUGAUAUAUAUUUGCUUAUAAUUAAAAAAUAUUAAGAUGCUAAUGGGAAAAUAUUAUAUACAGAAUAUAAAUACUUCAGUUAUGAUAGUAUAAAGGACUCAGAUGGAGAAGCCAGACAGGGAGAAGGAGAUGGGAGAUCUCCGAAUAUGGCUCUGAGAGGUCAGAUUUCAACUCCAGAAUUUCUUCAUGAACUUCAGGAGCCUGGAGUACCACCAUAUGAACUUCGGUUGAAGGAGUCAGCAAUUUGUGUGCUAAUACGAAACCUGUCAUUGGAGGAAGGAUUGGUUAAGAAUGCAAGAGUGGUAAUAACUAAGCUUUUGGAAAAUGUUAUUGAGGUAUAGUUAGUUGGAGGUGAGAGAAGGCAGGGGAAAAAGUUUCAUCUUCCAAGAAUUAUAUUUGAAUUUCAGCCACGAUAUUGCUCUUGGACAAUGCAACGAAAGCAGUUUCCU